GUUGACUUUAUGUGCUAUCUUUAAACAUAAAUUUGCUUUGGUUAUGGUAUUUUGACAUAUAAAUAUAUAUAUAUUCUUGUUGGGUUAAUGUAGAUAUAUAUAAUGUUAAAAAUUUCAAUACUAAUUAUGAUUUGUCGACUAGUCUACGACUAGUCGCCUAGUCCACUAGUCUCCCCGUCACCGACUCGACUCGACUUGUCGACUUGACAACCAUGGAGACAACAGCAUUGAAACUUUUGCUGCUAAGCUGCACUCAUCAUCUAUUAAGCCCCGCCUCCUCAUUGUUGCUGAUUCCAAAACUGAUCGCAAGGCUGUCACAGAAGCUUUCUGCUCCAACAUCAGGAUACCUGUCAUUGCAUUUGCUGAUGUGGAUGCUUCAAUGCGCUAUGUUGACAUUGGUAUCCCUGGAAAUCUCACAAAUAAGCGCUGCAUUGCUCGUCUUUUCUGGCUGUUAGGAAAGAUAGUUCGUCGGACGAGGAAUCAAAGCUGGAGGGUUCCGUUGGACCAAAGGGACCACCUGGUGAGUAUGGACCAAGAGUGAUUGUGGAUACAGAUGAUAUGCUUACUAGGGAUUUGGGCCGCGUGCCUCAUUUUCGUCAGUUGACCCGUGACGAAUUAAAUCAGCCCAUUUGGGGAGAUGCCCAAUGAAUGUAUAUAAUGUAAUAGUGAGACAAAGGGUUUGGGGGACGUGGAAACAUGACCCAAGGAAAUGUAUAUAACGACUGCUCUCUCCGUCUCACGGUGUAUUUGUCCAAUUUGAUUUUUGUGAGCUAAAUUGGAUAAAUUUUAAACAUUAAU